AUCUUAAGACAACCAUAGAAAAAAAUGUAUAUUAUGUAAAAAAGAAAAAAAAACAACUUAAAAGUUCUGAUAGUGUUACCAAAUAAACCUUGUGAAUUUUCUGUUAAAUUUCAACUUCUUUUAGUUAAGCAAGCUUCUAUACUUUUUCCCCCGCACUCUUAGAAGAGCACCUGCAGUUGUAAAACAUGAAUCCGGUAAUACUUCUGUAAAUGAAUCACUAUUGCAUUCAUCCCAUUAGCCUCUGAACAGAUGUCAGAAAGUGAAGAUUGGCUGCCUCUAGAUCAAGUUGCUGCUGCCAACUCUCGCGAGCUUUGUCAGUAACAGUUGAUUGUAAUGUCAGUGCGGUCCAAUUUACAGGCUGGAGCAGCAGCUGCAUCCUGUAUUUCUCUGAAGUAUUACAUGAUUUUUACUCCUUGCAAACUUUAUCAUCUUUGUUGCAGAGUUGGAAAUCAACAUGCAUAGCAAGGACACAAUCAUAUACAUCAGAUUUCUCUUGUGGUUUCUUCUGCUCUGCGUGCUUAUUGAAAAGUCACAAAAUGAAGAUGACAUCAUAAUUGCAACCAAAAAUGGAAAAGUCCGAGGUAUAAAUUUGCCAGUUCUUGGUGGUACAGUAACAGCCUUUCUUGGGAUUCCCUAUGCACAGCCACCUCUUGGUAGACUUCGAUUCAAAAAGCCACAAUCCCUGACCAAGUGGUCUGAUAUUUGGAAUGCCACAAAAUAUGCAAAUUCUUGCUUUCAGAACAUCGACCAGAGUUUUCCAGGCUUUCAUGGAUCAGAAAUGUGGAACCCAAACACUGACCUCAGUGAAGACUGUUUAUAUCUGAAUGUAUGGAUUCCAGCACCUAAACCGAAAAAUGCCACUGUAAUGGUAUGGAUUUAUGGUGGUGGUUUUCAAACUGGAACAUCAUCUUUACAUGUUUAUGAUGGCAAAUUUUUGGCUCGUGUUGAAAGAGUUAUUGUAGUUUCAAUGAACUAUAGAGUUGGUGCCCUAGGAUUCUUAUCUUUACCAGGAAAUCCUGAGGCACCAGGGAACAUGGGCUUAUUUGAUCAACAGUUGGCACUUCAGUGGGUCCAAAAAAAUAUAGCAGCCUUUGGUGGAAAUCCUAAAAGUGUAACUCUCUUUGGAGAAAGUGCAGGAGCAGUUUCAGUUAGCCUUCAUUUGCUUUCUCCAAGAAGCCACCCACUGUUCACCAGAGCCAUUCUGCAAAGUGGAUCAUCCAAUGCCCCUUGGGCAGUAACAUCUCUUUAUGAAGCUAGGAACAGAACGUUAACCUUAGCUAAAUUUCUUGGUUGCUCUAGAGAGAAUGAGACUGAGGUAAUAAAGUGCCUUCAAAAUAAAGAUCCCCAAGAAAUUCUUCUGAAUGAAAUAUUUGUUGCCCCCUAUGGUACUCUCUUGUCAGUAAACUUUGGUCCAAUCGUGGAUGGUGAUUUUCUCACUGACAUGCCAGACAUACUACUCCAACUGGGGCAAUUCAAAAAAACCCAGAUCUUGGUGGGUGUUAAUAAAGAUGAAGGGACAGCUUUUCUAGUAUAUGGUGCACCUGGUUUUAGCAAAGAUAAUAACAGUAUCAUAACUCGAAAAGAAUUUCAAGAAGGUUUAAAAAUAUUUUUUCCAGGAGUAAGUGAAUUUGUAAAGGAAUCAAUCCUUUUUCAUUACACAGACUGGUUAGAUGAUCAGAGACCUGAAAACUACCGUGAGGCCUUAGAUGAUGUUGUUGGGGAUUACAAUAUCAUAUGCCCUGCUUUGGAGUUCACCAAGAAGUUCUCAGAAUUGGGAAAUAAUGCCUUUUUCUACUAUUUUGAACAUCGCUCCUCCAAACUUCCUUGGCCAGAAUGGAUGGGAGUGAUGCAUGGCUAUGAAAUUGAAUUUGUCUUUGGUUUACCUCUGGAAAGAAGAGUUAAUUACACAAAAGCAGAAGAAAUUUUGAGUAGAUCUAUAAUGAAACGCUGGGCAAAUUUUGCAAAAUAUGGAAAUCCAAAUGGGACUCAGAGCAAUAGCACAAGAUGGCCAAUCUUCAGAAGUCCUGAACAAAAAUUUCUAACCUUGAAUACAGAGUCACCAAGAAUAUACACUAAACUACGUGCUCAACAAUGCCGAUUCUGGACACUUUUUUUCCCCAAGGUCUUGGAAAUUACAGGAAAUAUUGAUGAAGCAGAACAAGAGUGGAAAGCAGGAUUUCAUCGCUGGAGCAAUUACAUGAUGGACUGGAAAAAUCAAUUUAAUGAUUACACUAGCAAGAAAGAAAGCUGUAUUUUGGACAAUAUCAAAGACAGGGAGUGAGUGCUGUGCCUUCCCUCCCAGUUAAAUUGGUGCUCCAGCCAGUUAGCGAGACAGCCCUUUACUUAUAGUGAACUGAAGGUUAUCAAGGAAAGCCUCAAAUCUCAAAUCACCUAAGGUUCUUGAUCAUUGGUUGGCACUUCUAUACAGAAUUCCACAUUUCACAUGCAUUUCUCAUUGCCUGCAAUAUAUUCUAACUUUUGUAACUUUUCUUAGAAUCUCUUCUUUCUUUUCGACCUCUUUUUAACUGUCAUUAUCUGAUGGAAGAAGAAAAAUGUAAACUAUUAUAUGCUAAGGUCCUAAUAAAAGAUAUUUGAUUUAUCACAUCACUAUAAUCACGCCAAUGGAUAGGAUGUCAAUUUCAGUGAAGUGAGUCUAGGUUGGAUCUCAUUUAAAGAUAUUCAGUGGUGGAAUCUUUGGGGAUUUUUUUUUUCAUUUAAGGUACUAAACAGAUUUUAAAGGCAGCCUUGGAGGAGAGCUCUGCACUAUAUAGGAGGACAGGUACCUGAGGUCCUUUAACUUCAAAACAAUUUGGUGGUUACAUAUCUGUGCCCCACUUAAUUAUCCUCUCUUCUUUUCUUUUCUUUAUCUGCAAAAAAAAGUUACUAA